AUGGUGAUAUGCAUCCCGGUGAUCACCAAGGAGAAUUACCCUCUCUACAUCCGCAGCACCCCCACGGAGAAAGAGCUGAGUUUCCAGUACAUGGUGCACACAUCUCUGGAUGUGGUGGAUGAGAAGAUCUCCUCAAUGGGGAAGGCCCUGGUCAACCAGAGAGAGGUCUAUCUGGACCUGCUCUACCCCACAGAGGACUACAAGGUCUUGCCUCAUAAACAGGGCUACACUACCAUCUCCAAGGUGAAGUUUGUCAUGGUGGUGAAUUCCUCCAACACAGCUCUUCGAGACAAUGAAAUUCACAGGAUGUUCUGGAAGCUGCACAACUCCUACAUAGAUGUGAUGUGCAACCCCUUCUGUAACCCGGGGACAAUAUCCAGUCCAGGGACUUUGAUAACAUGGUGAUGUAUAUAAUGAUACAGGUCUGCUGAGUGAGAGCUCUGCCACCAGACAUUGCAGACAGAAGC